UCCUCCCGCUUUGAGAUGCAACGGUGCAGAGACGCGGGAGCCCAGAACGCUUCCCGGGGCCCCUGGGACACCCUCGGGCGCCCUCCGCGCCGCGACCGCCGCCUGUGGCCAGGUCACAGCCUCCCAGCUCUCCAGAGAGCCCUCCUUCCCAAAUCUCUCUUCGGUCCCCCGGCGCCCCUGGAAGGGCCGGAGUUGGAGGGUCCCCUCUCUCAGCCUCGUCCCUCCCCUGACGCCCGAUCGGCCGGCGCGGGCAAUCAGUGCCCGGGCAAGUCCUUGAAGUCUAUAUUUAGUGCCCGCCACCCCUCCCCCGCACAGUUGGGAGGCGGGCGGUGGGGGGGGGGGGGGGGAGAGCCCCGCCCCCGCCGGGCGUGUGUGUCGUGUGUGUUUGGGGCCCGCGCGGGUUGCGCGCCCUCCGCCUUCGCGCCUCCUGCCCCUGAGUCCCUACUGCUCCCUGUGCCCCUCGCCCCGCCGGGCGUCGCGGGCCAACAUGGGCCAGGAAGAGGAGCUGCUGAGGAUCGCCAAAAAGCUGGAGAAGAUGGUGGCCAGGAAGAACACGACCACACAAUAGUCAGAGAAGCCUGGUCAGGACCCAGGCCCCAGUCCUCACCUUGUGGCCUCCCACAGGAAGGGGCCCUGGACCUUCUGAAGAAGCUGCACAGCUGCCAGAUGUCCAUCCAGCUACUACAGACAACCAGGAUUGGAGUUGCUGUUAAUGGGGUCCGCAAGCACUGCUCAGACAAGGAGGUGGUGUCCUUGGCCAAAGUCCUUAUCAAAAACUGGAAGCGGCUGCUAGACUCCCCUGGACCCCCAAAAGGAGAAAAAGGAGAGGAAAGAGAAAAAGCAAAGAAGAAGGAAAAAGGGCUUGAGUGUUCAGAUUGGAAGCCAGAAGCAGGGCUUUCUCCACCAAGGAAAAAACGAGAAGACCCCAAAACCAGGAGAGACUCUGUGGACUCCAAGUCUUCUGCCUCCUCCUCUCCAAAAAGACCAUCGGUGGAAAGAUCAAACAGCAGCAAAUCAAAAGUGGAGAGCCCCAAAACACCUAGCAGCCCCUUGACCCCCACGUUUGCCUCUUCCAUGUGUCUCCUGGCCCCCUGCUAUCUCACAGGGGACUCUGUCCGGGACAAGUGUGUGGAGAUGCUGUCAGCAGCCCUGAAGGCGGACGAUGAUUACAAGGACUAUGGAGUCAACUGUGACAAGAUGGCAUCAGAAAUCGAAGAUCAUAUCUACCAAGAGCUCAAGAGCACGGACAUGAAGUACCGGAACCGCGUGCGCAGCCGCAUAAGCAACCUCAAGGACCCCAGGAACCCCGGCCUGCGGCGGAAUGUGCUCAGUGGGGCCAUCUCCGCAGGGCUUAUAGCCAAGAUGACGGCAGAGGAAAUGGCCAGUGAUGAACUGAGGGAGUUGAGGAAUGCCAUGACCCAAGAGGCCAUCCGUGAGCACCAGAUGGCCAAGACUGGUGGCACCACCACUGACCUCUUCCAGUGCAGCAAAUGCAAGAAGAAGAACUGCACCUAUAACCAGGUGCAGACACGCAGUGCUGAUGAGCCCAUGACUACCUUUGUCUUAUGCAAUGAAUGUGGCAAUCGCUGGAAGUUCUGCUGAUGGAACAGCCAGCCAUGAACAAGGUGAGGAAGAAGAAAGAGGAAGCGCUGAAUUGUCUGAACUGGAGAAGCAAUAAAAAUUAAAGUGAAGGAAAA